CAGAUGUAUAGAAUGUAAGGGUAUGGUGUUGAAUAAUGGUUGAAUCAUUCAAAUUAACCCAGAAUUGGGAGAGACUAUUUCUAGGAUUAUUAUUCCUGGUGUUACAAGCUGGUGUUAGCAGAGCAGCUGGUGGGGAUUGUAUGUCCGGGAACAAAAUACAAUGCUUUGAAUGCAAUACUUGGGAAGAUCCACGUUGCCAUGAUCCUUGGAGUUGGGCUUAUCCUGUAGACAACAUGCCCCCGUUGAAAACAUGUGAGGGAUGUUGUGUGAAAAUGGUGCAAUUCAUUGGAACAGAACAUUAUCAGAUUAAGAGAACUUGCACAGAUGAUUUUGAAGUUAACUUUUUUAUGGUGAACCAUGCUUGUAUGAUGGAAGGACACAGACAUGGUCACAUGUGUUUCUGUGAAGAGGACCAGUGCAAUGCCGCAACAAAUUAUUUUCUCCAUCCACUUCUCCUCAUAAUUGUUCUCCUCUUAGUUAGAUGACAGGAAUAAAAGGACCCUUUACUACAGUUUGACCCAGAACUUCUGAAAGAAUUUAUAGAAUGUCGUCUUCUUAACUUACUGAUAGUGGAAUGCCGAAGAAAUUUAGUUUUAAUUAAAAAAUUAUAGGGAGCUCCUUGACACUAUUCCCCCUUAUUCAUGGCUAUUUAUUUAUUUUACAAGUACUGAAAUUUAGGUAUAAAAGCAUAUUGAAAAAUUGUUAAUUCAACAUUCUAUGAAUUCUCUCGAUGUCUUCGAAGUUCAGGGUUAAACUGUAUUAAAUAAGCUUGAUGCAGAUUAUCUAAUUAAAAAGCACAUUCCAAAAUUUUAAGCAAGUCUAGAAAAGAAAGAACAAAAUGUAAAAAUUAUAAUAGUGACAGAAGAUAAAAUUGGAAAUUGUUGUAGAUUUCUUUAAAGAUACUGUAAGUGUAAUUUCAAGUGACCUUCCAUUUUUAGAGAGGCAUGUCCGAUUUACAACGGUAUCCUUUAAACCUUUGUCCGGACAACAAUGACGUAUUGAGAUACCCUCAUUUGUAUAGCAUAAGAUUGAGACUCGAGGUUACAGUGUACUCUGUAGUACACUCCGUGCUGAUGUACACCCGCGCGGUUUCUUUGCACUUAAUUUCCCGCCAAAUAUCUACGAAAUCUUUGAUCAAGCAAAGAUUUAAGGGUAUUGUUGUAGAUCAGACAUUCCCUUUUUUACAUGGAGGGUCACUUGAAAUUACGCUUAUACAAUCCCUUU